AUGCAAUUCUCCACCCUCGCAACCAUCCUCGCCACCACCACCACCCUCACCUCCGCCGCCGCCGUGCAAAAGCGCGUCACCCUCUGCAGCACCAAGACCCCCUCAGCCGUCUGCUGCACCUCGCCCACGUACGGCGACAGCACCGGCUGCAGCGGCCUCGACGCAACCAACGUCAACAGCCUCGACGACUUCAUCGUCAAGUGCGCCGUCGACAGCUCUGCCACGGCCCAGUGCUGCGCCUCGCUGGCCGACAACGGACAGGCCACCGACUGCCUUGUCUUGUACGAAUAG